AUGACCCAGGAACCUCUCAUCAAUGCUUUGGCACCCUCCCUCACAACAAGUCACAGCCCUCCCUCACAAACAAGUUACAGCCCUCCCUCACAACAAGUCACAGCCCUCCCUCACAAGUCACAGCCCUCCCUCACAACAAGUCAUAGCCCUCCCACACAACAAGUCACAGCCCUCCCUCACAACAAGUCACAGCCCUCCCUCACAAGUCACAGCCCUCCCUCACAACAAGUCAUAGCCCUCCCACACAACAAGUCACAGCCCUCUCUCACAAGUCACGGCACUCCCUUACAACAAAUCACAGCCCAGCCUCACAGGUCACAGCCCACCCUUACAAUAAGUUACAGCCCUCCCUCACAACAAGUCACAGCCCAGCCUCACAAGUCACAGCACUCCCUCACAAAAUGCCACAACCCACCAUUACAAGUCACAGCCCUCCCUCACAACAAGUCACAGCCCUCCCUCACAACAAGUCACAACCUUCUCUCACAACAAGUCACAGCCCUCCCUCACAAGUCACAGCACUCCCUCACAACAAGUCACAGCGCAGCCUCACAAGUCACAGCCCACCCUUAUAAUAAGUCACAGCCCAGCCCCACAAGUCACAGCACUCCCUCACAAAAUGCCACAACCAACCAUUACAAGUCACAGCCCUCCCUCACACUUCAUCCUUACAAAUCACAGCCCACCUUCACAGCAAGUCACAGCCCACCAUUGCAAGUGACUGUCCACCCUCAUAAGUCACAGCCCACUCUUGAAAGCUAA